AUGACUUCUACACCAUUUUCAAACUUACACUCACGUAUCACGCUCUCACAAGGUCGAUCAAAUCAAUUUAGAUCAGCUCUACCAAAGACUCCAAGGUCCUUGGUUAAAACUACGCAACGUCCUGUACUAAAACCUAAACGACGUUUUGUUAUUAAUAAAGUUAUUUUAAAUAAUUUCAAAUCGUAUUUUGGUCAAACGGAAAUAGGUCCGUUUCACAAGAAACUUGAUAAAGAAACAAAUGAAUCUCUGACAGAAUUGGCAAAUUAUGAGCAAGAAGAUAUUGACCUGGAAGAAAGAAAGAAACACGCAAUUUCUAAACAGAAGAAAGUUACAAUGGCAAUUUCUACA